UCAGUGGGAGAGGCAGAGGGAGAAGGGGUCGGGGAUGGUGAAUCCACAGAGCCCCCACUCCUUCCUCCCCGUCGCCUUCUUGGGCGACUCCCACGCCCUGUGCGCCUCUACCCCGUUGGCAGCCACCAUGUCGAUGGCCUCCCCGACAAACUCCGACAACUCCACCUCCCACUCCCACUGCUUGUGCGCGGCCUCCUCGCCCCUCGCCGCCACCCUGUCGACCGCCUCGCCCACGUCAGUGGGGAGCGGCUGCUCGUCCCACCCCUCACCCACAACCCACUCACGCUGCCGGUGGUGGCUGCCCGACGACGCCGACGUCCCCACGCUCGUGGGCGACGAGGGCUCCGCCGCAGUCGUCUUCAUCUUGGUCUCGCGGCGCCGUAGCGGCUUCGCCCAGGUGUCAUUGUAGAUGAUGUUGCGGGACAUCAUCUUCGCCGCGUCGCCUGUCUCGUCAUUCAGCAACGAAUACUGACGGCACACACACAACAUGCAUCGCAUCCACAGUGCCGUGUUUGCGCGAUGAUGUUCGUGUGCGUACGUUGUAGGGGCGGCGCAGUCCUUUGUCGAUGAGGACGUUUUUGGCCUCGGUGAUCUCCAGAAACCGCUUGUUGGCCUCCGCCACGGCCGCCGCGCCCUUGUGGUGGUGUUUGUCGGGGUGGUACUCCUGCAGGCCAGGCAGUGCAGACAUGCAGGCAGACAGCAAAGAGAACCCUCGUGUGCGUGCCGCCCUUACUGGAACGUGACGUGUGCAGUGUGGCCCUCUUACCACGCUCAGCCUCUUGAAGGCGUUCUUGCAGUCCUCAAUCGCCGCGCCCAAUGGCAGCCGCAGCGCCCCAUAGUGGUCCUUCAAACCUGACUUGCUCGUGGAGUGGUCCCACCUCUCACGGUACUCACUAGUCACGGGGUCUAUCGUGUCAGCAAAAAACAGCUUCGGCAUGAU